UGUGGUGAAAAAAAAAUGUUUACAUCUGAGCAUCCUCAUCUAAAACAUUUUAAGAGUUUGGAAUCUGUCGCUGCCACAGCUGUAUUCCUUGGGAGAUAUGACAGUUUUCGUGCGUACUGUUUGUUAUACGAGCCUGACAUGUAUCUUAAAAUUGCACACACAGUUUUGAAUGCAGAAACGUUUGAAUGUGUGCACCUUUUUCAUUAAUCAUUUGCUAAGCAACAUUUUUGUUAAAAUAAUUGUUUUAAAGUACAACUAAUUAGCAUGUCAUUUGGGGUUUGCAUAUUUCAAUGUAAACACGGUCGCUGUGUUGUAGAAAUAUGUUGUUAAAAUCCCAGCAUAGGAAAAUUGUUGCCGGAAGCGGGGCUUAAUAAGAGGGCAGGUGUUCUGCAGCCCUUCGAUGAAGAGCAGACAGGUGUCCAAUGAGGGUGAGUGAAAAGUAACAGCUUCUGGUGGUGGUUUGGGAGCAAAGGCGACAAACUCUUUUCUUCAUGCCUCCAUUUUAAGGAAUUGUCGCUAGAUUGCGUAAAAAAUGGAGGUUGUUGUAGUGGUCGUUUUGGGCGAAGGGGAAGCUUUUUCUUCCUGCCCCUUGCCAGUGCGUGCGACUGUACACAACUGGUACAGGAAUCAGGAUAGGAAAGGCAGUCGGUAUGCACUUCCAUCUCUGAUUCCCCGAGGCUGAUGGAUGUUUACUCCGCCCCCAAGGUGAAACACAUGCUGUCUAAAGUCCAUCCUUCUUUGAGAGAGAGCUGUGUUAGGAAAGAAAGCAAAGGUGACCUGCGGUUCUGCAUAAAAAGUGUGGAACACUUACUAACAUCUUCAGCUAGGAAGUUCAUAGCGUGCUUGGUGAUAAAGGACCUUUUCAAUAGGAAACAAACUGGAACAUGGAAUUUUUAAGAAUCAGAAUGGGGAAUGUUCUCCGAACGAGAUAGAAUUGACGGGUAUUGAUGUCCUAAGUAUUUUAUUAAUGGACUGUACCUUGAACUGGAGAAGUAUCCAAAAAUGAUUAAAUUUUUCCUUAUGGUGAAUAAACAAGGACAAACAAGGCUGUCCAAAUAUUAUGAAAAUGUUGAGAUACAUCAGCGGACAACCUUAGAGGCAGAUGUAAUUAAAAAAUGCAUUUCUCGCACAAAAGAUCAAUGCUGUUUUGUGGAGUACAAAGAUUUCAAGCUGGUGUAUCGACAGUAUGCGGCACUUUUCAUUGUGGUUGGAAUUGAUGAUACUGAGAAUGAAAUGGCAGUGUAUGAGCUAAUUCACAACUUUGUAGAAGUCCUGGACAAGUAUUUCAGCAGAGUGAGUGAGUUGGAUAUAAUGUUUAAUUUGGAAAAAGUACAUAUCAUAUUGGAUGAAAUUAUUUUGAAUGGCUGCAUUGUGGAAACAAACAAAAGUCGAAUCCUUGCACCUCUUCUUGCCCUUGACCGUAUGGCAGAAUGCUGAAACAGAAGAUGAAAGCAAAUGAAGUGCUCCAUGUUGAAGGAAAUACCACGUACAGACUAUUUACUUGCUGACUUUUACAGUAAAAUUGUUUUUCAUCAACUUUAUUUUUUUUAAACUGAGAAACAACAGUUUUCCUGAUACAAUUUUUACAAGGAUUCCAUUAAUUUUGCACAUUUACAGAGAUACAUAUCACUUGCUCUUAUUAAAGAAUUUUAUGGAUAGUAUUCUAAAACAAGAUGCUGAUUUAGUAGUUUUAUUUGCUAAUGUCACACUCUUGCCUUUGCAAUGUAUUACGUUUCUCAAAAAUAUGCUUCACUGACCUUAUCUUCAGAUAUUUAUUUUUUUUAUGAAAUUAACUGUGUUCUAAGUUAUCUGUUUGAAAACAGCUGGCAGUAAACAUAUCUUCAAAAAAUGAUUACUUUCUGAUAUUUUUUGCUUAUCCAUUUAAUGGAAUUUAGUUAGUUAUCCUCCAUGUAUUUUCUUCUUUUCCAUAAUAUUUUAUUAGUAUGUAGACAAACCUCAUAUCAGUGAUUUACUUAUUAAUGAUGAACGUCUCUUUGAAAGAUUGCUGAAUCCUAAGCUGCUGAUGGUGGUGUGCUUUUCUAACAUUCCAAAAGUAAGCCUAUGUUGUAUGUGAUUUUAAGCAUUGUGCCUGUGAUCUGCUACCCAGAAAUGUCCACUCCCUCCAAAGAACUGUGAUAAAAAGUAAGAAUCAACAUAUAAGCACUAAAAUGCAGGGUAUUAUAACAACUCAUAAUUUCACAAAGGUUAUCUAUGCUUACAGCUCUCAUGAUAGGUCCCUUUAUGUGCCAAAGACUCUUAGAUGCACAGAGGCUUGUAUCCUAACUCCAAAAAAAUGUAUUCAUUAUUGGUCACAAAGCAGUCCAAUGGUAGCUUAACUUAGAUAAUCAUUCAACUUUUUUUAAUCAAAGGCAAUCUAUUCUUGUUAGACGUCCGUAGCAAUGAAUAUUUAUUUCUUGUGUUUAGUAAAGAAGAUAAUAUGUAUUGUUUCUAUUAAUGUUCAUCAUUCCCUCUACCUUAGCAACAUUUUGGGUUAUCUGACAAGGGAACCCAGCACUGGCCAGCUUUCAAGAGUUCAGGCUCCCCGCCCUCUCUUCCUAUAACAGCUGAUUAGCUGAUCAUUUCCUGAAAUGAAAGCUUCCAACUGUCACAAUGAGUGUUUAGUGUUUUUCUACCAUCCAAAGAAAAACAAAAAUCCUCUGACUCUUCACAGAAUCCAGUGCUGAUUUUUCUGGCUUACUGCUAAGAUAAGCCCAAUUUGAGGACCCCUUCCCUCUCAUUUUAUCAUUAGAUUUGUUACUCUUUUUCUACUUUUAUGUUUGUUUAAAAUAUAAACAUUUUUUCUGUCAGUGUUCAUAGUAAUUCCUGUGAGAUUUUCUGCUUGUAGCAAUGUUUAUUUGGCUUCUUUGUUUGACAAAAGCUUGUUUUAACAAUUUCUGGAAACUUCCAGUAUUUAUCUCAGAAGUGCAGUGUGUGUGUGUGUGUGUGUGUGUGUGUGUGUGUAUGCUGUCUUUAAUGUUAGAACUCAGUUUUAUUUAUUUUAAUCUUUUUACAGAAAAAGAUUGCAGAACUUGAAUUUUUCAGCAUGUAUAUAUUAUUUACUGUAUGCAUCAUAAUUUUCCUGCAAAUUAAGUUACUUGAAAGUAGUGUGAAGAUUUUACUUUCUCUGUCAAGAAAAUAUAGCUUAAAUUGAUAUUAAACAUUGUCUUAUGGUGGUUUAACAUG